UACGCCGAAUCGGGGACUUAGACGUUGCACAAGGAGCUGGGGGGCAGCUCAAUCUGAGGCAGGUCUUUGGUGUGGAUACAACUCCACAACAAAAAAAAAACAAUAUAUAAUCAUCAAGAAGGAAAAAAUCCUCAAAAAUGAGCGUGGAUCACCUCUCCCAGGUCAACACGGAUUCUCGUUUGAACGAUUCCCACAAGUCUAGCAAAAGCGAAGAGAAACACAAGCAUAAAGAGCACAAGCAUAAGGAGCACAAGUCAAAGGAUCGGGACAAGGAUCGCGAGAAAUCCAAGCACAGCUCCUCCAGCUCCAAAAAUCAUAGCAACAGUGAGCACAAAGAUUCUUCGGAGAAGAAACACAAAGAUAAAGAAAGGGAGAAAGACAAAGUAAAGCACAGAGAUGGGAGCUCUGACAAACACAAACAUAAGGAUAAGGAGAAAAGGAAGGAGGAAAAGGAUAGGAUUCAUUCUUCAAGUAGUGGCUCUGGAGAUAGAAUAAAGAAGGAGAAUGGCUUCACAAGCCCUCCACGUAUAAAGCAAGAGCCAGACGAUGAUUAUGUCCCAUCCAUUAAAGUGGAAAACAAGCCAAUGAAGAGAGCCCGUGAAGACGACGAUGUUGAUUUUAAACCCAAGAAGAUUAAAUCAGAAGAUCUAAAGAAAGCCAAAAAAAGAAAAUCUGAAAUGGAUACAAAGAACAAAAAGUCCAAAGUUAAAGUGGAAAGUUCUGGGCAGGGGAAGAAGAAAAAGAAAGAGGAGGAGGACAAAUGGAAAUGGUGGGAGGAAGAACGCUAUACUGAUGGUGUGAAGUGGAAAUUUCUAGAACACAAAGGCCCGGUAUUUGCUCCGCCCUAUGAGCCGCUCCCAGAUAACGUUAAUUUCUACUAUGACGGGAAAUCUAUGAAGCUGAGCCCUCAGUGUGAAGAGGUUGCGACGUUCUUUGGUAAAAUGCUCGAUCAUGAGUACACUACAAAAGAUAUCUUUAGGAAGAAUUUUUUCAAAGACUGGCGCAAGGAAAUGAAACCUGAAGAAAAGGCGAUAAUAACAGAUCUCAACAAGUGCAACUUUGAAGAAAUAAACCAAUAUUUCAAGGCCCAGUCUGAGGCUCGGAAGCAGAUGUCCAAAGAAGAGAAACAGAAAUUAAAAGAAGAAAAUGAAAAGCUUCUACAGGAGUACGGGUAUUGUAUAAUGGACAACCACAAAGAGCGGAUUGCAAACUUUAGGAUUGAGCCACCAGGACUCUUCCGUGGCCGUGGUAACCACCCAAAGAUGGGCAUGCUGAAAAGAAGGAUCAGGCCGCAGGACAUCAUCAUCAACUGUAGCAAGGACUCCAAGGUUCCACCGCCUCCUGCAGGCCAGAAGUGGAAGGAGGUACGACAUGACAACAAGGUGACUUGGCUAGUGUCAUGGACAGAGAACAUCCAGGGCUCCAUCAAAUACAUCAUGCUGAAUCCCAGCUCCAGAAUUAAGGGUGAGAAGGAUUGGCAAAAAUACGAGACUGCUCGGACAUUGAAAAAGCUGGUUGACAAGAUACGUGCGCAGUACAGGGAGGACUGGAAGUCAAAAGAGAUGAAGGUUCGGCAGCGUGCUGUUGCACUUUACUUUAUUGAUAAGCUAGCUCUGAGAGCUGGGAAUGAAAAGGAGGAAGGAGAGACUGCAGACACAGUGGGUUGUUGCUCCCUACGAGUGGAGCACAUCAACCUGCACGCUGAGCUCGAUGGUCAGGAAUACAUGGUUGAAUUUGACUUUCUGGGUAAAGACUCCAUUCGAUAUUACAACAAAGUGCCAGUGGAAAAAAGGGUGUUCAAGAAUCUUCAAUUAUUUAUGGAGAACAAGCAACCUGAAGAUGACCUUUUUGACCGACUUAAUACUUCAAUCCUCAACAAGCAUCUCCAGGAACUAAUGGACGGACUUACUGCUAAAGUGUUCCGUACCUACAAUGCUUCUAUCACCCUGCAGCAGCAACUGAAGGAACUGACCAACCCGGAUGAAAAUGUUGCAGCAAAAAUACUUUCUUACAAUCGUGCCAACCGAGCAGUUGCUAUCCUUUGCAACCAUCAGAGGGCACCUCCAAAAACAUUUGAGAAGUCAAUGCAAAACUUGCAGACCAAAAUUGAUGCGAAGAAAGAACAAAUCGGACUAGCCAGGAGAGAGCUGAAAGGUGCAAAAGCUGACUAUAAAGUUAGAAAAGAUGAAAAAUGUAGAAAAGCUGUGGAAAGUAAGAAGAAAGCUGUCCAGCGGCUUGAAGAACAGUUGAUGAAAUUGGAAGUUCAGGCCACUGACCGGGAAGAGAAUAAGCAGAUAGCUCUCGGGACUUCCAAACUCAACUACCUGGAUCCUAGGAUCAGCAUUGCCUGGUGCAAGAAAUGGGGCAUCCCGAUUGAGAAGAUCUACAACAAAACCCAGCGUGAGAAGUUUGCCUGGGCCAUUGAUAUGGCUGAUGAAGACUAUGAAUUUUAACUAUUGAUGUGGCUGAAGCUGAGUGAGACCCGGCCUAAGCCACUCUGAGCAGGAGGAGAUACAUUUUUAUCUAACGAGGAAAAAGGAAAAACUCUGUGGUUCCGUAGCUACUGUUUUAAGAGGAAGAAAAGCAAAACAAAAAUAUAUAUAUAUAUAUGUAUAUAUAUAUAUUCGCACUGAUUAGAUUGGUGCAUUUAUACUGUUAGAACCUUGCAAUAACUUUUUUUUAAAUUGAGAACUGCAGUCCUGUUUUAAAAAUAAAAUCAAAGUACACCUGCUUUAAAACUGGUCACUGCUGAACUGUGGGGAAGAAUCGGUGACUGUUCGGCCUGAACUGGAGACUGAAUGUUCACUGUCCUGUGGUUCUCUUGAGGUUUUUUUUGGCUUUUAUCUUUUAGCAUUUGUCACUGACCUGUGCCCUAAACCACCUAACUGGAACAUGAAUCCAGGUUGAGCAUUUGGUUUGGUUUGAUUUUUUUUAAACUGCAAAAAUGAUUGUAUACAUGAAUUUAACAUGGGAAAGGAAGGUUUUAAAUUCUACCAAAUGGAUGUUUUAUAAGAAUGUGGUUUAUUCGGAAUGUGCAGUGGCAGAGCUGGCAUCAAUUGUUUGGGGUGGGGAGGGGUGGAUAGGGUUGAAUUCCGCACUUGGCUGACUCAGCCUUUAAGAAGUGCCCUCGGGCAGCAGCUCUACCCCUCUGCCUCCAUCUAUAAGGGGGAUGCACCCCCGUGUAGUCUCGGGGGGGCCAAAGACCAUGUGGGGAGUAGUUGGCAACUAACUGUUUGGGGAGUGCUGCAUUUGAGGACUCAGCUGGGGAGUGCCAUCUUAGCCUGGUCUGAAGGCAAAGCAGGGAACUGCACAGAUUUGCAGGCUAAAGGUGGGCAAGGAGUUAGGUCUAUCCACUGUUGCAUUAGGCAACGCUCAAAAUGAUUUGUAUGGGGUAAUUAUGGCCCCUUUCCCCACGUAACUUGCUCUGCCACUGGGAAUAUGAAUUGCAUUCUUUCCUAAACCAAUAUAAAUUGAUCAUACAUUUGUUUUAAAUGGGCUGUGAUCUAUUUAAAUGCUUAGGUUGUAAUUUGUUUUAAAAAUUCCUUAUUUUUCAACUGUUUGGAAUGGUUCCUACUUAACUUGCAGGUCAUAAAAAGUUGUCAGAAGGGGAUUAAGGAAACCUUCCUCACUAGGUUUACAAUAAAUCCCACUGGAAUAAAUUUCGGAUCACUCUGGCCAGGAAGAUUGGCUGAAAUUCAAAGACUUUUAGAUUUUAAGCUCCCAUUUGCUGUGUAGGAUGUGGGUGGAGGAGG